AUGGUUCAACAUAAAGACAAGAGCUGUGCCAAAGAAAGAAGCAAAGAUCACGACAGUGUGGAAUGUGGCAAAGAAUUCCCUGGCAAGAGUGCUCUUCAGAUCUACACUAGAGUUCACACCGGAGAGAAGCCAUAUUGGUGUAAUGAAUGUGGUAAACAGUUUUCACGAAUAGGCAGUCUGAAGAACCACACCAGAGUUCACACCGGAGAGAAGCCAUAUUGGUGUAAUGAAUGUGGUAAACAGUUUUCACGAAUAGGCAGUCUGAAGAACCAUACCAGAGUUCACACUGGAGAGAAACCGCAUUGCUGUAAUGAAUGUGGUAAACAAUUUUCACAUAUAACCAGUCUGAAGAACCAUACCAGAGUUCACAAUGGAGAGAAGCCAUAUUGCUGUAAUGAAUGUGGUAAACAAUUUUCACAUAUAACCAGUCUGAAGGACCAUACCAGAGUUCACACUGGAGAGAAGCCGUAUUGCUGUAAUGAAUGUGGUAAACACUUUUCACGAAUAGGCAGUCUGAAGAACCAUACCAGAGUUCACACUGCAGAGAAGCCGUAUUGCUGUAAUGAAUGUGGUAAACAAUUUUCACAUAUAACCAGUCUGAAGAACCAUACCAGAGUUCACACUGGAGAGAAGCUGUAUUGCUGUAAUGAAUGUGGUAAACAGUUUUCACAAAUAGGCAGUCUGAAGAACCAUACCAGAGUUCACACUGGAGAGAAGCCGUAUUGCUGUAAUGAAUGUGGUAAACAGUUUACAGAAACAGGCCAGCUUCAGAGACACACUAGAGUUCACACCGGAGAGAAGCCGUAUUGCUGUAAUGAAUGUGGUAAACAGUUUUCACAAAUAGGCAGUCUGAAGAACCAUACCAGAGUUCACACCAGAGAGAAGCUGUAUUGCUGUAAUGAAUGUGGUAAACACUUUUCACGAAUAGGCAGUCUGAAGAACCACACCAGAGUUCACACCGGAGAGAAGCCGUUUUGCUGUAAUGAAUGUGGUAAACAGUUUACAGAAACAGGACAGCUUCAGAGACACACUAGAGUUCACACUGGAGAGAAGCCAUAUUGCUGUAAUGAAUGUGACAAACAGUUUGCACAUAUAAGCAAUAUGAAAUACCACACUAGAGUUCACAACAGAAUCAAAACAGGAGCAGUUCAAAAGAACAACAAGCACCCUUCAGAAUUCAAGAGUGAUGCUCACUCCUGUCCUGAAAAGUAAGCAAACUAAACUAUUGUUGACAAAUUAAUCUCUUAGAG